AUGAACCGGAAACCUUUGCCUUAUGUGGGUAGACGCAAACGACGAUGGAAGAUGACCAGAGCCAAUAGGAACAAGACUUCCGGAUAUAUAAACGGAGGGAAAAACAACAGCAGGAAUCUGAUUGAAAAAGCCUUUUCAGCAAGGUGAAACGUGUCUCGGACAGCCUGGACUUUUAAAUUGACCAUUAUAUAUUUUAUGUAUGUUUAUUCAAUAAAUUGUUUUUAUUUUUCACUGAGUUCUAUGAGCUGCAGCAUCUUCUUCCUCCUUCAAAAGAAGAGUUGUGCCCUCUUAAAGGCGCAGUGCUUAUUAUACUGAGAGCCCAGUCCACAUUGGCUCUCAAUAAGGUAAGCAAGUACAUGCACCAACUUUAUUGUGAUAUUGAUUUAAAGGAUAACACACUAGGAUUUUGUUCCAUUUUUCUUUCUCCUUUUUCUGAGUGCCUGGACGUUAAUAUACAAGAAGUCUGGUAUUCUCUUUAAAUACCUUUGUGCUUGUGACUUGAGCCUAUCCUCCCCAGGCUCUAAGUAUUAAGUUCUAAACAUACUACACCAUAUUGUUCCCAUUUAUCUCUUUCUCCAGAUAUUCUUAUAUCUUAAAUUUGUAUCCAUUAUCAUAAGGGUAAGUUGUUUCAAAACUAGCGCUCCACUGGGUUUGUUUGUUGUGACAAUUCUGUCCCACUCAAAUUACUCCAUAUUUUUGCAUGUAUUUGUGUUGAGGUUAGAGGUACCUAAACAUGUGUUGAGCUGCUCACCCUAAUUGGGUUCUGUAUUCUAUUUAAUUUUAAGCACCUUAUAUUUCACAGUUUAUUUGUAUUUAUCAUCUUCUUGUCUGCCCACACUUCCCACGCAUCCCCCCUUUUCAAUCCAUACAUUAGCUUCCCAUUAGAUAUAAGGCUCAAUUUAAAAUUCUGGCUCUUGCUUACAAAUCUCUACAUAAUGCUGUUCCAACCACCCCUAUUUAAUGCAGGACGCAGGCUAAAGUGCUGGUCAAUACUGCUAUCCCUCUUACUUUUUGCCUACUGCAAUUUGCUUCUCAGUGGUCUUAUGUGUUCCCAACUUGCCUUGUUACAGUCUGUAAUGAACUUGGCAGCAAGGUUCUUUUCAUUCCAUACAUUGCUUCCCAUUAGAUAUAGGGCUCAAUUUAAAAUUCUGGUACUUGCUUACAAAUCUCUACAUAAUGCUGUUCCAACCUAUCCUAUCCUCCCUAAUACACAAUGAUGUCCCGUCUAGGCCCUUAUGCUCCUCCAAAGACCUUUAUUCUAUCAGCUGUUCAUACUCCCACCUCACCUUCAAGUUUUCUCUAGGGCUGCACCUGUUCCUGUUGAAUACCUUUUAAUUCCCACACCCGGAUUCCUCUCCUGCAACUGUCAUAAGCCCCCUAGCCCUCCCCUGUCCUCUCCCCCCCCCCAACUAAAUGCUCAGUGAAUACUAUUUUAGCAAAUACAUAAAAGGCGUCUCACUGAUAUGUAGAUAAACUGUAUAUAUAGUCCUCAGAGGUUAAUCCUUCCGGAUUUCCAGGGAAUCCGUAUAUGAAAGAUAAAAACACAACAAACUUCCAAUGGUAUAGUAUGUACUGAGUGAAUAAGCAAAAAGAAGAAAAUGGAGGAUAAUAGAUAGGUAAGAGAUCUCUCUAGUUUAGUGAAUAGUUCUUGCUGACUAAAACUAGGAUAGCUAAUAUGAAUAGGGCUAUUUAUUUCUGUAUCGAAAACAUGGUCUACAUCAAUAAUGUAAUUGUUUCUAUAGUCAAAAAUAUACAUAAUAAAAGGUGUUUGCAAAGCAGCUGACUCCGGAGGGAAUUAUACAAUGUGUUGAAAGAAGGUGGAGGAGUCUGCGCUAGAUAGCAAAAAUGAAUAAAAGCUGUAACCCUCAAAAGGGAAUCCCUCAAGAACCCUUAAUGAGAUAAAGAGGAAGAAAGAAGGGGUGAAGGGCUGCGCUAAAUAAAUAAAAUUAAAAUGUAAAAUAUAAGAUAUAAAAUAAGUGGAUAUUAAACUGAUAAAAUAAUAAAAUGUACAAUAAAAGAGAUAAUAAAUAUAAGGAUGAAACAGAGUCCGUGCAUUAAUAAAGAUAAAACUUAAAGAGUACAAUAAAAUACAUAAAAGGCGUCUCACUGAUAUGUAGAUAAACUGUAUAUAUAGUCCUCAGAGGUUAAUCCUUCUGAAUUUCCAGGGAAUCCGUAUAUGAAAGAUAAAAACACAACAAACUUCCAAUGGUAUAGUAUGUACUGAGUGAAUAAGCAAAAAGAAGCAAAAUGGAGGAUAAUACACUCACAUUUGUUGGAGCUUUAGACUAGCUCUUAGUUGAAUCGCACUUAGCGGUAUGAUCCCCGCUAAUGGAUUUACUAGGAGGGUGGGUUCGUCCGUCCGGCUCGAGUUUCGUGGGAUUCCACAAGGUAUAUAAAAACAAAUAUAGUGCUCUCAGUAGGAAGAGAAAACAAAAUAAAAUAAAAUAAAAUAUUCUCACAAUGUUAGAGCAGGGAGUACUGCUCUGUUUUUAGCGCGCUGGUUGAAUGCCAGGAAAAUUAAAAAAAUAAAAAUUUGUUGUGUAUGUACAAUAAAACAAAAUUGGUCCUAUAGAUAAGGGUACCAAAUAAAAGUUUUUAUUGUUAAUUUACACAGUAAAAAACCAUUUGACGCGUUUCACCUCAUGGGCUUUAUCAAAAAUGGCUAAGGGCAAUAUCCUGGCACUCUUGCUAAAUCUAAUACACAAUCGUACCAAAUACUAUCCCAUCAAAACCAAAGACAAACUUAUUCUCCUCCACCCAGAAAAUACCACCAUAACACAUAUUUUAACAAAAGACAUCUCUCACCAAAACCACAGAGAUCUAGAUACAUAAACGAUCGCACUGAAAACUUUAAAUCACCCACUACCCCCAUCACAAUAAUAGAUACCAAUUGCUGUCCAUUGAUUCCGAAUUUGAGAAUGAGGACCAUUUUUUAGAGAUACGCACACACCCAAGUACUCUGACCCAAACACCCUAUCCAUCAUGAUCCCAGAAAAGAACCUUAAGUUUAGAGGAAGAAGAAGUGGGAGACGUGAACAAGAGAGAAAAACUAGAAAGAUAAUACCAAAAACAAAGGAUUCACAAAGUGGGAUUUUUAACCUUACACAAAAGAACCUCACUAAUGCUCAAUUAUCGGUUUUAAGUAAAGGACUUAAGUUUGCCCUGACCAAUUCUUUUAAAUCAUUUCAAGCUUUUAUCGAUGUAAAUAAAUUUGUCAGAAAAGCGACCUUAAAACGGUAUUUUAAUGAAAAAUCAGAAGAAAAUUCAGAUUCUAGAGAAAUAACUACAACUAGUUUAUUAUUAUCCCCUCCUUCCUCCUCGAGAGAUCAAGUCAUAAAUACACAUUACAAAGAAAAAUCUAAAUGUUAUCCUACUUUUAUGAAGACAGCUCCUCUAACUGUUUUUGAGAAAUUAGUCACUAAAGACUUAGAUAAGCUGCAUACAAAAAAACAAGACCCACAUAAUCUAACUAAUGCUGAAAGAAAGGCUCUUAAAGAAUUACAAGACGAUAAAGAAAUCGUCAUAAAACCUGCAGACAAGGGAGGAGGUCUCGUUAUGUUACCUAGUACCAUGUAUAUUGAAGAAGCGCACAGACAACUAAAUGAUGCAGAUAUAUAUGAAAAAUUAAAAUCAGAUCCUACCAUAAGUAUAAAAAAAUAUUUUAUCUGUUUUUUUUAGAGAAGGGUUUAUCCUUGGGUAUUCUUAACAAACAUGAGUUCAAUUUCCUAGAUAAAAAAUCCCCAGUAAUUCCGGUUAUUUAUUUUCUUCCAAAAAUACAUAAAAAUUAAACUAAUCCUCCCGGUAGACCAAUAGUGUCAGGAAUAGGCUCUCUCCUCUGUAAUCUCUCGCAGUAUAUUGACACCCUCCUUCAACCUGCGGUUAAGAAAAUGAAAUCUUACCUACAAGAUUCAAUGUCUCUUUUAAACUUUUUAAAUCAUUUUAAGUGGAAUUCUAACUUUAUUUUAGCUACUUGUGAUGUACAGUCUCUGUACACUAUUAUACCUCAUGAUUUUGGUUGUGCAGCUAUUAAAAAUAUUUUAAUCAAUGAGAAUAGACUCUCUACAAAACAGAUAGAUUUUAUAUUAGAAGGAAUAAAUAUUAUUUUAAAAAAUAACUAUUUUUGGUUUAUAGAUUCCUUUUAUCUACAAAAAAGAGGCAUAGCUAUGGGUACCCUUUUCGCCCCAAACUACGCAAAUUUAUUUAUGUCAGAUUAGGAAUCUUACGCAAUAUAUGAUGGAGACCAUCUCAGGGCGAACCUGGUCUCAUACUUCAGAUAUAUCGACGAUCUUUUUUCAUUUGGAAUGGGUCCGAAGAAAGUCUUACUUCUUUUAUUGACAACUUAAAUACUAACAAUAGAGGUAUAAUUUUAACUCAUGAUUUUAGCAGAGAAAAAAUAAAUUUUUUAGAUCUUGAUAUUUUUAUUAAAGAUAAUAAAAUACAAACUAAAACGUUUUUUUUUUAAAAAGUCUGUGUUAAUACAGCUAUUGACAAAACUAGCUGUCACUAUAAACCAUGGCUUGACAGUGUCCCAAAAAGUCAAUUCUUAAGAUUAUGAAGAAACUGUACUGAUUUAGAUAAUUUUAAUGAACAAGCAGAUAUCUUAAAAAAUAAAUUUAUGGAGAAGAAUUAUCCAGAAACAGAUCUAUUGAAAAAUAUUAAUGAAGUAAAAACUAUCGACAGAGAUGAAUUUUUAAAAUACAAAAUAAAAACUAAAAAUGAUUCUAAAUGUCUUCCUAUUACUUUUGAUUAUAAUAACAAAGAUAAAGAAAUUUAAAAAAUUAUCAAAAAACAUUGGCAUAUUUUAGAACAAGAUGAUAAACUUAAAGAAAUUAUUCCAAAUAAGCCAAACAUAGUUUUUAGAGGAGCUCCGAAUUUUAAAUCCAUUUUAACUACCAAUUUUACCAAAAAUACUCAAAAUACAAAUCCAAUAUCUUUUUUUCCUCAGGCUAAAGGUUUUUAUAAGUGUAAAACGUGUAUUGUGUGCAAAAUUACCGAUUUCACUCUACCAUCUAAAAUUACUGAUUUUACUUCCAACAAAACGAGAAUUACCUAUCCAAUUAAAGAAUUUAUAAGCUGUAAUACCAAAAAUGUGAUUUAAUUGCUUGAAUGCCCUUGUGGCUUCCAGUAUGUUAGAAUGACCACAAGGUGCUUAAAAAUAAGGUUAAGCAAACAUUGUAGAAACAUCAAAAAUGGAUACUUAAAUCAUUCAGUAUCCAGACAUUUUUUAAAUCACAACAAAGAUCCUAAAUUAUUAAAAUGUAUGGGAAUUAAAAAAUGCACAAUACCAUGGAGAGGAGGUGAUAUUAAGAAUAUUUUAGGUAAAGUGGAAAUGGAAUGGGUUUAUAAGUUACAAACCCUUACACCACAAGGUCUUAAUGCAGAUUCAGAUUUGCAUAAUUUUUUAUAAUCUAUUUUUGAUUCAAUAGUAUUUUUCUUAGAGAACAUACUUAUAUCCUUUUAUCUUUCUUUUCUUAUCCAUAUUUUUAUUAUAUAUUUAUAUAUUUUUUAUUAUAUAUAUUUCUUAUUCCCAUUUAUAUAUUCUGUUCUAUCCAUUAAUAUCUGCUCCUAAUCCAUUUUUAUUGUGUCCUCAAUUUAUUUUAGUGUAUCUCUUAUUAUGUGUUUUAAAAUGCAAUACCUAUUCCAGUGUGUUUCUUAUUAUGUUUCUAAUAUGCAACACUUGUAUGCAAAUUGUUUUAAAAUGCAAUAUAUGUAUACAAAAUAUUUUAUUUCUAUUUCAUGUUUUAAUUCAAUGGUCUUAAAAUACCCAAUGUCCAUUUGUAUAUUUUUAUAUUAACCCAUUUCUGUGUAUGCUGAAUGGCUGACUAUAGAAGUUUCAGUCAGCCGCUCAUUAUUUUUUUCGGCAGUGACCGGCAGAGAUUUAACUACAUUUACCAAGAGCCUCUGCUCUUUCCUGCCGGUCACGUGCUGCGGCGUCCCUUGCCGCCCACAGUUACUCUGCCGCAUACUGAUCUCAGCAGUGACCGGCAUACAUCACCCAUGAGCCUUUGCUCGCUCUUGCCGGUCACGUGCUGUUAUGUUAUACCCUCGACCAUGUGA